GAAAGAGCACUCAGUGCGCCUGCGCGCGAGUGGAGUUGGUGGCGGCGCUCGGUGAAAGGUUUGGCUGUUCUCUGCGCGGCGGGCGGACGCGACCAUGGCGCAGCUGGGGAAGCUGCCCAAAGAGCAGAAGUACGACCGGCAGCUGAGGUUGUGGGGUGAUCACGGGCAAGAGGCUUUAGAAUCUGCUCAUGUUUGCCUAAUAAAUGCAACAGCCACAGGAACUGAAAUUCUUAAAAACUUGGUACUACCAGGUAUUGGUUCAUUUACAAUUAUUGAUGGAAAUCAGGUCAGUGGAGAAGAUGCUGGAAACAAGGAACCAGUGAGUUUGUGCCAUAAAUGGUGCCUUGACUCCAGUCUGGACCUUGGGACAUGUUUUUUUCUUCAAAGAAGCAGUAUCGGCAAGAAUCGAGCUCAAGCUGCCAUGGAAUUCUUACAAGAAUUAAAUAAUGAUGUCUCUGGAAGUUUUGUGGAAGAGAGUCCAGAAAACCUUCUAGACAAUGAUCCUUCAUUUUUCUGUAGGUUUACUGCUGUGGUUGCAACUCAGCUCCCUGAAAGUACGUUACUACGUUUAGCAGAUGUCCUCUGGAAUUCUCAAAUCCCUUUUUUGAUCUGUAGAACAUAUGGACUAGUUGGUUAUAUGAGGAUCAUUAUAAAAGAACAUCCAGUCAUAGAAUCUCACCCAGAUAAUACAUUAGAGGAUCUACGAUUGGAUAAGCCAUUUCCUGAGCUAAGAGAACAUUUUCAGUCUUAUGAUUUGGAUCAUAUGGAAAAAAAGGACCAUAGCCACACUCCAUGGAUUGUGAUUGUAGCUAAAUAUUUAGCACAGUGGUAUAGUGAAACAAAUGGACGAAUACCUAAAACGUAUAAAGAAAAGGAGGAUUUCAGACAUUUGAUUAGACAAGGAAUUCUAAAGAAUGAAAAUGGGUCUCCAGAAGAUGAAGAGAAUUUUGAAGAAGCUAUUAAAAAUGUGAACACAGCACUAAAUACAACUCAGAUCCCAAGCUGUAUUGAAGAUAUAUUUAAUGAUGAUCGCUGCAUAAAUAUCACCAAACAGACUCCAUCAUUUUGGAUUUUAGCUCGUGCCUUAAAGGAAUUUGUGGCCAAGGAAGGUCAAGGAAAUUUACCUGUUCGAGGUACAAUUCCUGAUAUGAUUGCAGAUUCGAGCAAAUAUAUAAAACUGCAAAAUAUUUACCGUGAAAAAGCAAAGAAGGAUGCUGCUGCUGUGGGUAAUCAUGUUGCCAAAUUGCUGCAGUCUAUAGGCCAGGCACCAGAGUCCGUUUCAGAGAAAGAAUUAAAAUUACUCUGCAGCAAUUCUGCAUUUCUUCGAGUGGUAAGAUGUCGAUCAUUAGCUGAAGAAUAUGGUUUGGAUACAGUUAACAAGGAUGAAAUAAUUUCCAGCAUGGACAAUCCCGAUAAUGAGAUAGUAUUGUACUUAAUGUUACGAGCUAUUGAUAGAUUUCAUAAACAACAUGGUAGAUACCCAGGGGUAUCUAACUAUCAGGUUGAAGAAGAUAUAGGAAAGUUGAAGUCUUGUCUUACUGGCUUCCUGCAGGAAUAUGGAUUAUCUGUAAUGGUGAAAGAUGAUUAUGUCCAUGAAUUUUGCCGAUAUGGAGCUGCUGAGCCACACACCAUCGCUGCGUUUUUGGGGGGAGCUGCUGCUCAGGAGAUUAUCAAAAUAAUCACCAAACAAUUUGUAAUUUUUAAUAAUACUUACAUUUAUAGUGGCAUGUCACAAACGUCAGCAACUUUUCAGUUGUAGAAUAAGCAUCCUACGUAGUGUGUUAAUGAUUGAAACUGUAAUUGCCAUCAGGUUUGUACUAAAGUCUGUAAAAUUCUGCUGAGGGAAAGGCUGUUCUAUUGUUUCCUUAAUAAACAUUUUUCUCAUUUGUAA